CCCAGCAGCCCGUAGUAGCGCAGGUAGGUGCGCUCCUGGGAGCAGCACGCCAGCAGCAUCUCACACAGCUCCAUCUGGACAUUGGGGGGGGGAGAGAUGGGGAGGAGGAGAGGAGGAGAGGAGGAGAGGAGGAGAGGAGAGGAGGAGAGGAGGAGAGGAGGAGAGGAGGAGAGGAGGAGAGGAGGAGGAGGAGGAGGAGAGGAGGAGAGGAGGAGAGGAGGAGAGGAGGGAGAGGAGGAGGAGGAGGAGAGGGAGGAGAGGAGGAGAGGAGGAGAGGAGGGAGAGGAGGAGAGGAGGAGGAGAGGAGAGAGGAGGAGAGGAGGAGAGGAGGAGAGGAGGAGAGGAGGAGGAGGAGGGAGAGGAGAGGAGGAGGAGGAGAGGAGGAGAGGGAGGAGAGGAGGAGGAGGAGGGAGAGGAGGAGAGGAGGGAGGAGAGGAGGAGAGGAGGAGGAGGAGAGGAGGAGAGGAGGAGAGGAGGAGAGGAGGAGAGGGAGGAGAGGAGGAGGAGAGGAGGAGAGGAGGAGAGGAGGAGAGGAGGAGAGGAGGAGAGGAGGAGAGGAGGAGAGGAGGAGAGGAGGAGAGGAGGAGAGGAGGAGAGGAGGAGAGGAGGAGAGGAGGAGAGGAGGAGAGGAGGAGAGGAGGAGAGGAGGAGAGGAGGAGGAGGAGGGAGAGGGGAGAGAGGAGGAGAGGAGGAGAGGAGGAGAGGAGGAGAGGAGGAGAGGAGGAGAGGAGGAGAGGAGGGAGAGGAGGAGAGGAGGAGAGGAGGAGAGGAGGAGAGGAGGAGAGGAGGAGAGGAGGAGAGGAGGAGAGGAGGAGAGGAGGAGAGGAGGAGAGGAGGAGAGGAGGAGAGGAGGGAGGAGGGAGGAGAGGAGGAGAGGAGGAGAGGAGGAGAGGAGGAGAGGGAGGAGAGGAGGAGAGGAGGAGAGGAGGAGAGGAGGAGAGGAGGAGAGGAGGAGAGGAGGAGAGGAGGAGAGGAGGAGAGGAGGAGAGGAGGAGAGGAGAGGAGGAGAGGAGGAGAGGAGGAGAGGAGGAGAGGAGGAGAGGAGAGAGGAGGAGAGGAGGAGAGGAGAGAGAGGAGGAGAGGAGGAGAGGAGGAGAGGAGGAGAGGAGGAGAGGAGGAGAGGAGGAGAGGAGAGAGGAGAGGAGAGGAGGGAAGAGGAGGAGGAGAGGAGGAGAGGAGGAGAGGAGGAGAGGAGGAGAGGAGGAGAGGAGGAGAGGAGAGAGGAGGAGAGGAGGAGGAGAGAGGAGAGGAGGAGAGGAGGAGAGGAGGAGAGGAGGAGAGGAGGAGAGGAGGAGAGGAGGAGAGGAGGAGAGGAGGAGAGGAGGAGAGGAGGAGAGGAGGAGAGGAGGAGAGGAGGAGAGGAGGAGAGGAGGAGAGGAGGAGAGGAGGAGAGGAGGAGGAGAGGAGGAGAGGAGGAGAGGAGGAGAGGAGGAGAGGAGGAGAGGGGAGAGGAGGAGAGGGGAGAGGAGGAGAGGGGAGAGGAGGAGAGGGAGAGGAGGAGAGGGGGAGAGGGAGGAGAGGGGAGAGGGGAGAGGGGAGAGGAGGAGAGGGGAGAGGAGGAGAGGGGAGCAGAGGAGAGGGGGAGAGGAAGAGAGUGGAGAGGAAGAGAGUGGAGAGGAGGAGAGGGGAGAGGAGGAGAGGGGAGAGGAGGAGAGGAGGAGAGGAGGAGAGGAGGAGAGGAGGAGAGGAGGAGAGGAGGAGAUGAGGAGAGGGAGAGGAGGAGAGGGGAGAGGAGGAGAGGGGAGAGGAGGAGAGGGGAGAGGAGGAGAGUGGAGAGGAGGAGAGGGGAGAGGAGGAGAGGGGAGAGGAGGAGAGGGGAGAGGAGGAGAGGGGAGCAGAGGAGAGGGGGAGAGGAAGAGAGUGGAGAGGAAGAGAGUGGAGAGGAGGAGAGGGGAGAGGAGGAGAGGGAGAGGAGGAGAGGAGGAGAGGAGGAGAGGAGGAGAGGAGGAGAGGAGGAGAGGAGGAGAGGAGGAGAGGAGGAGAGGAGGAGAGGAGGAGAGGAGGAGAGGGAGAGGAGGAGAGGAGGAGAGGAGGAGAGAGGAGAGGGAGAGGAGGAGAGGGGAGAGGAGGAGAGGGGAGAGGAGGAGAGGGGAAGGAGGAGAGGGGAGAGGGGAGAGGAGGAGAGGGGAGAGGAGGAGAGGGGAGAGGAGGAGAGGGGAGAGGAGGAGAGGGGAGAGGGGGAGGGGAGAGGAGGAGAGGGGAGAGGGGGGAGGGGAGAGGAGGAGGGGGGAGAGGAGGAGAGGGGAGAGGAGGAGAGGGGAGAGGAGGAGAGGGGAGAGGAGGAGAGGGGAGAGGAGGAGAGGGGAGAGGGGGAGGGGAGAGGAGGAGAGGGAGAGGGGGAGGGGAGAGGAGGAGGGGGAGAGGAGGAGAGGGGAGAGGGGGGAGGGGAGAGGAGGAGAGGGGAGAGGGGGGAGGGGAGAGGAGGAGGGGGAGAGGGGGGAGGGGAGAGGAGGAGGGGGAGGAGGAGGGGGGAGAGGGGGAGGGAGAGAGGAGGGAGAGGAGGAGGGGGAGAGGAGGAGAGGGGAGAGGAGGAGAGGGGAGGGGGGAGGGGAGAGGAGGAGGGGGAGAGGAGGAGAGGGGAGAGGAGGAGGGGAGAGGAGGAGAGGGGAGAGGGGGGAGGGAGAGGAGGAGAGGGGAGAGGGGGAGGGGAGAGGAGGAGGGGGAGAGGAGGAGAGGGGAGAGGAGGAGAGGGGAGAGGAGGAGAGGGAGAGGAGGAGAGGGGAGAGGAGGAGAGGGGAGAGGAGGAGAGGGGAGAGGAGGAGAGGGGAGAGGGGGAGGGGAGAGGAGGAGGGGAGAGGAGGAGAGGGGAGGGGGAGGGAGAGGAGGAGAGGGGAGAGGGGGAGGGGAGGAGGAGGGGAGAGGGGGAGGGAGAGGAGGAGGGGGGAGGAGGAGGGGGGAGAGGGGGGAGGGGAGAGGAGGAGGGGGGAGGAGGAGGGGGGAGAGGGGGGAGGGGAGAGGAGGAGGGGGGAGGAGGAGGGGGAGAGGGGGGAGGGGAGAGGAGGAGGGGGGAGGAGGAGGGGGAGAGGGGGGAGGGGAGAGGAGGAGGGGGAGGAGGAGGGGGGAGAGGGGGGAGGGGAGAGGAGGAGGGGGAGGAGGAGGGGGGAGAGGGGGGGGGAGGAGGAGGGGGGAGGAGGAGGGGGGAGACAAUGAGGGGAAAAGACUGAGCAGCAUU